AUGUUUAUCGAUCCCACUCCCCUCGCCAUUGCCUUGGCAAUCAUCCUCUCCACAUCUCCUCAUGUCCUUGCAGCACCACACAGACGGCAUCAUAAUACGCUACUCAAUCGAUCAGGUGAAAUCGAGUAUUAUGAGCAACACCAUGCACAUGAACCAUUGCACGUGGCCACAUUACCUUUUCAGGCUCCUCCCGUUACAGUCGAGAGUGUCAAAACUAUUACAGUGAUUCCGACACCGGCUAGGACACCGAUGCCGAGUCAUAUGCAGUUUCAUCUGCCACCCGGUAUCCCGCUUCCAGAUGGGACUAGGAAGCCGGUCGAUAUGAAAUCUUCCACUACCACAACCUCAUCAUCAUCAUCAACCACUUCGAAAACGACAUCUACCUCAAAACCUAUAUCUUCAUCAUCCGCGCAAGCAACAAAAGAAGUGGCAGCAUCAACUACAUCGGCGUCGAUUAUUGUCAUUGCUCUUCCGUCAAGCUCAUUGACAAUCACUGUGCCAGACGCAACAUCAGUCACUAUACCAUCAAAAGCUACUCCGACUUUGCCUUCGAUUGGGACGAUUGAGGACAAUGCUGCUUCCGGGAUCCUCUCCGUGCUCGGAACGAGUAUAAGCAAGUUGACUACUACAGUCACCACGACAACAACAUCAGAUACCACCAAGUCUGACUCUGACGACACAAAAUCAACAGAGACAGACUCAGCUCAACAAUCAGCUGCAAGCACAGCUACGAAAGCGAAAUCAACCUGCUCAACCGGAACAACACGCAAAUGCUGUUCUGCCGUGCAUAACAAUCUCAAGAACGUGGUGGGCGCUUUGGAUGGUAUUACGGGAUUUAAUCUAAACUUCCUCUCAUUUGAUACAUCAGUCGGACUUGACUGUGCCGAUAUCGAUGACGAUGAUACCGCCCCGGAUGGAGCGGUGUGUUGGAAUGUUCUCUCGCUAGAACUAUUCCAGCCUGCAUCGCCUGUCUCUAUUGAGCGGGAAAUUACAGAUGAAUUGGUAGUAUUCUUCUUUGCAUAUGUCCACCCUAACCAUCCAAUUUUGGACCGCGAUGAAUUUGAAAUCUGCUAUGCUCGAUUCCUGGAGGAUGGGCCCGACUUUAGCCACGAAUCAAUUCUCUGCAUGGUCGUUUUAGCUUUAGGAGCCGUUGCUUCAGCGGCACCAGACCCGGAGCUUUUCAAAGAAUCGCCCCCGGGCAUGGAAUAUAUGCAGUAUACUAUGCCAACUUUGGUCUCAAUCUCGGCAUGGUCUUUCUCUUCAAGCAUGCUGGCGGCCCAAGCCCUUGUUCUGGCUAGUGUCUACUUUGCCUAUAUCGUUCGGCCACUUCAGAGCUGGCGCUUGAUUUACUCUGCGUCAACAAUAUUGCAGAUAAAUCGUGUUGGGAUGGAUUCUCUUCGGAGAAUAUCAAACGAUUUCAAUGACGGAGAACAUCUCGCCCGUCUAUUCUGGUCUUCCUUCCUCGUCGAGUGCGACCGUCUUGCCGAGCUAGAACUCCCACGAAGCGGUCUGGAAGAGCUGACGGACAGUAUCUAUCUUCCUAACUGCAAGAGGCAGCCACUUUCGCAGCCACCCAUUACAUCUCUUGCAUUUGACGACUUCUCGAUGGAAGAAGUGGCUUCUAUUGAUGCGGUUUGCAGUGAACUACGCUCACAGCUGGAAACCUGGUACAUGUCUAUUCCUGAAGGUCUCCGACCUGUUCUAGAUGAUACCACUACGGAAGAUCCUGCCAACAGACAGGCAAUAUUGAGGAUUCGGUACUUUGCUGCCAGACAUAUUAUCUAUCGCCCAUUCCUACUUUGCAUUGUUACGCACGGCUCAAAGCGUGCUCCACGGUCAAUGGUUGAAAAGGCUGCUCUCUGCAUUGAAAGCUGCCGAUGGUAUUUACACCAUACCACGAAAGUGCUGGCUAGACCAAGUCAAUACACCUGGACAUUUGCAUUGUCAUCCCUCGGUGCAAUAAUAAUUCUCACGCUGGCUUCUCUCAAUCAAGACUUGCAAGCUUACGUCCCUGAUAUCGACGAGCUACAGAUGAUGGCAAUCAACAACUUUCGGCCAUGGGCAUUUUCGAGCCUGGGCGCAGUUGUGUCAAUCUUGGAGGACAUCAGGAAAAAGCGAAGACUUCUUAUACAGGUAUAA